AGGAACCUACUUCCCUCACUUGUUUUUAACUUGGCAGCUAAACCUAUUGCGUUAAUUUAAAAUAAAGCUAUGACCUUACAUCUGAAUUUUUAAGCAUUUCUAUUUUAAAACCACUAAUGAUUUAAAGAUUCAUCAGACAUUUCUGCAGUUAAUAUUUACAGUAAAAUUUAUGUAAAGCUGGUUAGGAAAUAUCUCCCAGCUGGGGAAUAGCAGCAUUCACACUAAAUUGCUAUAUAUGUAUCUAUAUAUUUCUGGAUCACAAUUUUUUUUUUUUUUCCACGUCACGUUUCCAUUAAAAGUAUUCAUUUUUUUUCCUAAUCUAGGACUACACACAGACUUUUUGUAUCGGGAGGUUAGUGCACAUACUGACAGAGUGAUGGAUCUUGGCCUGGCUGAGGAUCACUUUUCAAAACCUGUGGGUUCAUUUGGGGCAUUGGACAUUGAAAACCUGAAGCGUGCAAUUGAUGAAGUGAAACAAGUUAUAUUAGAUUUGCCGGAACACUCUGAGAAGCAGAAAGACGCUGUUGUUAAACUUAUUCAUCUCCGGCUUAAACUGCAAGAAUUGAAGGACCCCGAUGAAGAUGAGCCAAAUAUUCGAAUUCUUCUUGAACACCGAUUCUACAAGGAGAAAAGCAAAAGUGUCAAACAGUUUUGUGACAAGUGCAGCACCAUUAUAUGGGGCUUGCUUCAAACCUGGUAUACCUGCACAGGUUGUUAUUACAGAUGUCACAGUAAAUGCUUAAACCAAAUCACCAAAUCCUGUGUAAGGUCAAAGGUUAGCCACCAAUCUGAAUUUGAGCUCAAUAUCUGUCCUGAGGUUGGUCUGGACCGGCAGGAUUACCGAUGCGGAGAGUGUCGUCAACCAAUUUCUUUACGUGGUGUGCCUAGUGAAGCACGCAUGUGUGACUACACUGGACGAUAUUACUGCAGCAGCUGCCACUGGAAUGAUGCAGCAGUCAUCCCUGCUCGUGUCAUACAUAACUGGGACUUUGAAACCUAUAAAGUGUGCCGUUAUAGUAUGAGGUACCUCACGCUGAUGAACUCCCGGCCAGUACUGAAACUUAGAGUUAUUAAUCCACUUCUUUUCAAUUAUGUGGAGGAACUGGUGGAAAUUCGGAAGCUCCGACAAGACAUCCUGCUAAUGAAACCCUAUUUCAUAACAUGUAAGGAAGCAAUGGAGGCAAGGUUGCUGUUACAGUUGCAGGAUCGACAGCAUUUUGUGGAAAACGAUGAAAUGUAUUCUUUACAGGAUUUAAUUGACAUUGCCACUGGGCAUCUGAGCCGCACUUUAACCGAAAUCCACACCAUCUUUGCAAAACAUAUUAAACUGGACUGUGAGAAAGAGAAAUUGCUAAAUCCAAACAAGGCGUUGCUGUCUUUAGCUUUCUGCCAACUAUUCCUCCGCUGUCAGGCUAAAGGUUUUGUCUGUGAGUUAUGCAAAGAGGGAGAUGUGCUCUUUCCAUUCGACAGCCACACAUCAGUGUGCCAGGAUUGUUCUGCUGUAUUUCACAGAGAUUGUUAUUAUGACAAUUCCACUACGUGUCCAAGGUGUGCGCGGCUUUCAAUGAGAAGACAGUCUCAAAUUGGGUCAACACAUCCAGACUGAGAAACUAAGUCCAAAUGAAGAACUGUCAACUGGGAAUAUUGUGAUGCUGAUCAUUUCAUUUUCUGCCAGCUAACUAGUUUGAAGAUUAUGCAGAAGAUAAUGGUCGGUGUAUCAAUGGAGUUGUUUAAUUCCAUUAAUGGACUUUUUAAAAAAAGUAUGAGGCAUUGGAAUCCACGUCAAGUGAACAUUAUAUUGAAAAUUUCCUUUGAAGUUGGAAGUCGAAGUGAAAAAGUUAGUGGAAGGCUAAAAUGGCAGGUUUCCCAGUGAAAUCAAAGCAGCAGUCUUAGAAAUUAAAAUCUGAGUAUCUUUUGAGAAGUCCUUUAGAUCUUUUGAUUGUCCGUCUGUAAAAUCUGACUGGCACUACUUAAGGGUAGUGUUCAUUUAUAAACAUUCCUUCUUGAGCACUUUCUAUUUAGAAUGUAUUUCAGCUUUGUUGUAAUAUAUUUAUUUCAUCUCCAUCUAAUGUACGUUUUUACUGAGUUUUUGAAUGGAUUUUAGGAAAAACGUUCUGAUUUUUGUGGGAUGACUUGUGAAGAGAAAAGUUGGCAUUUACAUGGUGCUUAUCACAUUCUUAGGAUGUAGACAAAUGUUUAUAAUGCUGCCCACUUUUAGUUUCUGUUCUGCCAUCAGCCCUCAUUUGACAAAGGAAAAAUUAUUACUUUAAUAACCUGUGCUCUGUUGAAUCUAUAUUCAAUGUUAAUAGAACAGAUGUUUAAAUUGGCAAAUAAGUAUAAAUCUGGGCUUGUUAGCAUUUCAGACAAUUCUGAUUCUUUGGUUCAGAACCAGAGACUACAUUGUAUGAAAGGAAGGGGUGGGGAAUGAAUGCAUUGGAAUUAUUCCAUUUGGAAAUCGAAAAAUUAUGGUUCAGGGAGUUGGUGUCCCAGCUGGUAUAUAGAAAGGGAGGGUCACGAAGCUUUGCAGUGAAUGAGCACUGGCUUUAAAAAGUAAUUAAUCCUGUGCAGUGUGGGGUAAGAAUGCAUUGACAGAAGCAAACUGAGAGCAAGUGUCACUUGUCGUUUUGAAGACUGCUUUUGUCAGUUGUGUGUCUUGACACCCAAGAAAACUUAAUACUGUGCUCUGUUUGUGCUUCCAAACCAAGCUACAUAGAAAUCUACAUGGUUGAUGACUGUGCUUACCUGAUAUAGAGGGCAACAGUAUGUAUGAAAGCUCGAAAUUGGCAGACCCCAAUUAUGCACAGCAGUACUUUAUGAACUAAAGCCACACGCAACAUUGGUACAGUGUUGAUGAGCAUUUUGUUCUUUGUCCAGCCAAGACCACUACUUAAGUCAUUUGCUUACUGUAUUAUUUAAACUGGAAUAUGAAGAAUUUCAACCUAAAUGAUAGGAAUAGCCUAUGAUCCAGGGCUGGUUCAUUAACGCUGUCAUUCAGUGUUAGAAGCCUGUCUGACUGAAAAAUGAGAUGACUGGGUAUCGCACAAAAAAGUAUAAUUCUGUAGAUUUCUAUUUUAAUUUGAACUGAAUCGGAUACCUGUAUUUUAACUUCAGUACUGCUGAAAAUGAUGCUAAAUUAGUAAUAAUUUUGUUAAACUGAAUACCUUGACGUGGACCAGUUGUAUUUUCUUGUGUAAUCCAUAUUGUAAUUUCUAAUGGAAUUUUCUAGUUUAGUGAAAAGCUACCAUAUUUAUCCACAGCUGAACAUUCAAAAUUCAACUUUAAUCCAACGGUUUUCCUUUUGAAAUGGCUGUUUUUUGAGUGAGGCAGCUCAGAAAUUUGAAAUAGCAGCCAGCCGUGG